UAGAUGGUCUUAUCACUUUGAAUUUCAUUCUAAUGGCCGCUAUCUCUUCUCCUGUGUGACUUUACUGCCUAGAGAUGUUAUAUUCCGGAAGAAGAUUUAUAUUUCCAUUAAUUCAAAAAUGUACUCGACAAUAUAGUGAAAAUGUUGCACCAGUUAAAAUGGCCUAUAAUCUCUUUGAGGGUGCCAAUACCGACAUGUCACGACCACCUUUGGUUAUAAUGCACGGUUUGUUUGGUUCAAAACAAAACUGGAGGGCAGUCGGAAAAGCGUUGCAGGCCAAGACAAAUCGCAGAGUCAUUACCGUCGAUGCCCGUAAUCAUGGUGAUUCUCCACACACGGCCGAACACAGUUCCAUGCAUAUGGCUGCCGACAUAGUUCAUCUUAUGCAACAGUUGGACAUAAACAAAAUAUCCGUUAUGGGUCAUAGUAUGGGUGGCAGGACCAUGAUGUAUAUGGCUCUUAAAUAUCCGCAUCUAGUCGAGAGCGGUGUUAUCGUUGAUAUUUCCCCACUGACAUUGCCCAGAGAUUUCUAUGAAAUGGAACAAAUUUUUGGUGCUAUGAUGAAUUUGCGUGUACCACCGGAAAUGGCGAUGGCCGAUGGACGUAAAUAUGCCGAGGUAGAAAUGAAAAAAGCGGUAGCAUCUAAGGAAACCAUAGAUUUUAUUCUACUCAAUUUAAGAAAAAAUCCCGAUGGUACUUUCAAGUGGGCAGCUAAUGUUGAAACACUGUAUAAUCAUCUGAGAUUAUUCUCCGAUUUUGAAUCGCAUAUUGCUGGAUUGGAGCCAUACAAGGGCCGUACAAUGUUCAUUUGUGGCAAUAAAUCGAAUUUUGUCGAUCCCAAAAGUUGGCCACAAAUACAAAAGAUAUUUCCCAAUUCAGAUAUUCAUUGGCUGGACGCUGGUCAUUUGGUGCAUUUUGAACAACCUGCCAAAUUUGUUGAGCUCUUGGUGAACUUUUUAAAGUAAUGAAUAAUAUCGAGUCUUAUUUCGUUUAGAACAAAUUUGUUAAAUAAAAAUAGAGAAUAUUAAGAAAGAAA